AUGGUAGCGAAAGCUAAACAGCAGGCAGUGAGCACCUGGAGCCGAAGUCAAAUUGGGCACCGCAGUGAGUACUCGGUCGAGCGCUUGCUCGCAUUCAAGGAUUUCUGCCAGCGCACUUCGACCGCGCGUGUAAUUGCUGUGUGCUUCUUCACCCCGUUGCCUGCGCUGUCAGUGGCCAUUGCGAUCGACUGCAUUCCGAUGCGACCUCCGUCCGAUGGGUGGAAUAAUCCCGGAUUCUGGGCCAGAUUGUUUUUUACCGCGUUCUUUAUCGCCGUGGGGCUCAGUUUCCAAGUGAAGGAGGUGCUCACAGGGAAGAUAAUCUCGAAUAUUGGGGUUCUCGUGAUCUCAUUUGGCACAUCGUCCUGCUACCUAUUGAUGAUGUUUACAAUUGCAGUCACGUGGAGGUUCCCCAUUCCUUACGGAUUUGUGGUCUCGGUGGGGCCCUACGUGGUCAUUUUCUCCAUUAUCACUGCGUUCCUUAUUAUUGGACCGAAGAUUAUGGCACAGUCACCGGUUCUGCGGCGGCAGAUUAUGUUGCAGCUUCUCAUUGUGGCGACGCAGGGGGUUCUGGCCAUCGUUUAUCCGAUUUUUGGCGCUAUCUUUUAUCGACUGUCGGGGGCAGAGCUGACAGCUUUUAUCAUGGUCAUGCCAGUGAUCAAGUUCAUCACGAAGCAAAUUAUCGCGGCAGCAGCCAAGCACUUGAAAGAAUACGUUGGCCCCAUCGUGGUCUUCUCGGUGGAUGUUUUCAACGUAUUUUACGUCGCUAUUUGUAUGCAGGCGUCCACCUCCUUAGUGACAACCAUUUUAAUGGUGGCGUCCGACAGCUUCCACGUUGUU